UAUGAAUCUCAGUUACUUGGUCACUUAAAAUGAAUUAUUUCCCCUCCCUCCCUUUUUGAGGCCCUUUCUUUACAGCACCAGCCACAAGUGGUGGCUCCCGCAACUAUGCGGUUGUGACGGAUGUAUCCAAUCCAUAACAGGAGACCCACAUUGGCCCCGACACCCCGCCUAAGACAAGAGGGGCAAAGCUCCUGCGACUCUUAUCGACGGGCUUUCUUCUCGUGCAUACCUAGAGAGGGCCGUGACCUUUUUUACAUCGGAUUUGGGAUAUAAUAGCUCUUUCUUGCCAAACAUGCCCUCGGAAUUAGAAGAGCUGGUGGAAUUCCUUCAUCAUGGAAACACCCAAAUCCGACAAAUCGCGUGCGAGAAUCUCGUCGGGUUUUCAACCGCCCAGCCGGAACUUUUUAAACGCCAUCAACUUCUACCAGUGCGGGAUUUGAAACUCCUUGUUCGCGACUACACUCCUAUCGCAAAAAAUGCUCUUACAAUAUUAAUUAAUCUCUCUGCCGAUGGGGAGGUGCUGGCUACCCUUGCAGAAGAUGACGUUUUUCUGGAAACUCUUCUCGCUAAAGCGACGAACGUGCAGGAACCCAAUGUUGACGAUGUCUUGAUGCUGUUCGCCAAUCUUGCUAAAUCGGAUACAAUGAAGCGACUUCUCACACUCAAGCGACGGGUCCCCGAGGGUGUAUCUACCUCCGCCAACGCCAUGGACCAGCUAAUGGACUGUUUCGUGAAAGGCGCUGAGGGGAGCUUGAACAAAAAUGCUAAUUACGACUAUCUGUCGUAUCUAUUUGCCGACAUCUCGAAAUCGGAGGAAGGCCGGGCAUAUUUUACCACCAAACAAGACUAUGAUAAUAUAGUACCUGCCUCAAAACUUAUAGUCUUCACGGAGCACAAAAGCACUAUCCGGAGGAAGGGAGUCGCAUCUACUCUGAAGAAUGUUGCAUUUGACAUUUCUUUCCACAGUACGCUGCUCUCCGAGGACGAAAUUAACCUUCUUCCGUACAUAUUACUCCCUAUUGCGGGGCCAGAGGAAUUUGCGGAAGAGGAAGCCUUGGAAAUGUUGCCGGACCUCCAACUUUUGCCCCCCGACAAGCAGAGAGACAGCGACACCAAAAUCAUUGCCACGCAUCUCGAUACAUUGUUGCUGUUAACAACAACCCGUGAAGGACGGGAAAAAAUGAGAGCCGUUCAGGUUUACCCUAUCGUUCGUGAAUGCCACCUCCACGUCGAUGACGACGAAGUUCGUGAGGCAUGUGACAGGCUGGUCCAGGUCCUGAAGCGAGAUGAAGGUGACGAGGAAAAUGGUGCUCAAGCGAUUGAAGGUGCGGAUACGGUCCCAAAUCUAGAGGUGAAUGAAGAUGAGAAGGUCGUGGAGCUGUUCUGAGUUCUCUACACCUCUUGGGCGCGGAUGUACAUCCAAUGGGGACCAAAGUCUAGUUGUCUGAAAAACCCAACUGGGCCUUAUCUUUUCGGGGAUGUGCCACCAUAGUAUCUCAUCCUCGGUUAUGCUUAAAUUCAAAGGCACAAACAGAUCCAUGCGUGGCAGGAUAAAAAAUCGAGGGGGUCAAUAGACAGGCCAUUUCAAAAACACAAAAUGGGGGAAAGGGUAUCAUAUCAUGACUUACGAGGGCUGGGGGGACAAUUUUCCUGCAUUCCUAGGCUCGGAUAGAUUUGGUUUGAAUAUAUGGCUGUACAUGCACAUAAACAUGCAAAAAGACACAUAAAUGAGUAAACAAUUCUCUCCCUCAUGUCUCAAUGGAACGCAGGUAUGGACAACCAAGUACGGUA